GAAACGGGGAUGAGCUGUUUUGGGGUGUUCGUGCAGCCAAGAAAUCUUGAGUGGGAGUUGUCGGAACUGAUUUCUUGGGUCUUUUGUAUCGUAUAAGCACAGAUUACUACCGCGCCAGCCGCAGCCAUGCCCGGGAUAGAGAAGCUUCCGAUAGAGGAGACGUUGGAGGACAGCCCGCAGACGCGGUCCCUGCUGGGAGUGUUUGAGGAGGACACUGCAGCGAUGUCCAACUACUGCAGUCAGCUCUACCAGGCCAUGCAGAGGAUUUAUGAUGCACAGAACGAGCUCAGUGCUGCCACACACCUGACCUCCAGACUGCUGAAAGAGUACGACAAACAGCGUUUUCCUCUAGGGGGCGAUGACGAGGUGAUGAGCUCCACCCUGCAGCAGUUUGCAAAAGUCAUCGAUGAGUUGAGUUCCUGUCAUGCUGUCUUGUCCACCCAGCUUGCAGAUGCCAUGAUGUUUCCCAUCACUCAGUUUAAAGAGAGAGACCUGAAGGAGAUCCUCACUCUGAAGGAAGUCUUCCAAAUAUCCAGUGAUGAUCAUGAUGUAGCCAUGAACAGAUUCAGCCGUCUGUCCAAGAAGAGAGACAACGACAAGCUGCGGGCGGAGGCCGUGGAGGACGUCUACACCUCCCGCAAGAAACAGCACCAGACCAUGAUGCACUACUUCUGCUCGCUCAACACGCUGCAGUACAAGAAGAAGACAGCGCUGCUGGAGCCGCUGCUGGGAUACAUGCAGGCACAGAUCAGUUUCUUUAAGCUGGGUUCAGAAAAUCUCACCCAGCAGUGGGAGGACUUCCUGGGAACAAUAGGAACCAGCGUCCAGAAUGUGCGUCGGGAGAUGGAGACGGAGGUCGGGCAGAUGCAUGAGACGAUCCAGGAGAUGGAACGAUCAUGUGACCCUCUGUACGUACCAUGUGACCCUGACCCCGCCCACUCACCUGUCUGCAGGAACCUGACCAGGAAACAGGGCUACCUGCACAUCCGCAAUAAGACGGGGCUGGUGUCGUCGUCCUGGGAGCGUCAGUACUUCUUCACGCAGGGCGGUAACCUGAUGCAGCAGGGCCGCGGAGAGGUGGCGGGGGGGCUCGUCACCGACCUGGACAACUGCUCCGUCAUGGCGGUGGACUGCGACGACCGCCGCUUCUGCUUCCAGGUCACUUCCUUUGAUGGCAAGAAGGUGGUGACGCUGCAGUCGGAGAGCAGGAGGGACUGCGAUGAGUGGAUCUCCACCAUCAACAACAUCUCCAAAAGGAUCUACCUGAGUGAGAACGCAGAGGAGCUUGCUGCUAGAGUGAACCAAUCAGCUCUUGAAGCUGUGACGCCGUCGCCGUCCUUCCAGCAGAGGCACGAGAGCAUGAGACCCAGCAGUAAAGGGCGUGCGGGCCGAGCUAGCAGCAUCAGCUCUGUCGGCUCCGAGCUGUCGCCGGCCCUCUCUGUGCUCUCAUUGGACGCCCUGGUCGCCCCGGAAACACCAAUCCAGUUUGACAUCAUAUCCCCCGUCACCGAGGAGAACUCGGGACAGAGCAAGACGGCAGCACAGUCCGGCAGGAGGAGUAACCCGUUUGGAGAGUCAGGGGACAGCACUUCAGAGGACAGUGAAGACUCGAUCCUCCACCAGCUCUUCAUCGUUCGCUUCCUGGGCUCCAUGGAGGUGAAGACCCCCGAGUCAGUGGACAUCAUCUCAGAGACCAUGAGGCAGAUCCUGGCAGCGAGAGCCAUCCACAACAUCUUCAGGAUGACCGAGUCCCACCUGCUGGUCACCUGCGACUGCCUCAAACUCAUUGAUCCUCAGACGCAAGUCACUCGACUCAGGUUCCCUCUCUGCACGGUGCUCCAGUGUUCCUCCCAUCAGGACAACAAGAGGCUGUUUGGUCUGGUCCUGCAGCCUGCAGGCGGGCCGGGGGACAGCCGAGCCGUCUGCUACAUCUUCGAGUCCAACAACGACGGAGAGAAGAUCUGCGACAGCGUUGGCUUGGCAAAACAGAUAGCCUUCCACUCUGAGAUGGACCGUAAGGCCGUGGAGAAGAGGAAGGAGACCGACAAGGCCAAAGAGAAACAGCAGGAGGAGCUCAGCAAGCAGAAGCAGAUCGAGAAGGAUCUGGAGGAGCAGAGCCGUUUGAUCGCCGCCUCGAGUCGCCCCGGCAACCCACCCGCCGCUGACGAGCAGUUCCUCGUGCUCAGCAACAGCCAAUCAGAGGACAGCGACGCCGGAGAGGAGGGGAAGAAGAAGGGGGAGUCUGAAGCCUAACGAGAGCUAACGGAGCGUGUUUUAAGUUGACUCCCAGGUGGUAAUAUCGAAGCAACAGCUCAGGAAUCAGAGGAGGGGAACACCACCCGCCCUCCCAGGCUGCCUGGGAGUGCAAAGCAAGCGCUCCCUCUCUGCUGGACUAAACUAAACGCACAUUACAAGAUGUGGAGGGGAAACGUCUCGUCACAGACUUAUGUGUUUUAUUCUUCUGUGUGUAAAAUAACGCAGCUUUUUAUACUGGCUUCACUUUCCAGAAAAAAAUGCAAAUAUGGAUUUAACCUGCCAGGUUCUGAUUUUUAUUUUAUUUUAAAGAAAGGGCUAACAGCUAAGACAAAGUGGUUUGGGAUCUGUGAGAGAGAAAAGCCAGAUAUCCAAGGUUUCUCUGAGGACAUCGAACACCUCAGUGGUGAAAUAGUGUGAGAGGAAGUCUUAUUUUGUCCUUCCUGUUUGUUUUGAAGCAUCCUUCCAAGCUUAUUUUUCUCCUUUCUUAAAGAGAAACACAUUCAGAGGUCUACAUCAUCAUCCAUUCAGCAUCGAUGUGUUGGUUUUAUUGCAAAAUUGGCCUGAAUUUGGUGGAAAAUACACAAAUACAAAACAAGAAUCUUAGUUAAAGUUGCGUCUCAAAGAUUUCAUAUUAACACAUCAAUGUUGUUUUGUCGAUAUAUAACCUUUUUUUUAUUUUUCAUCCCGGUUGGAAGUCCCUGGGUAAAUGAUAAUUAAAAUGAUUCCGUUGAAAGGAUUAUUAACAAUUGUUAAAGUUCAGUCUAUAUUUUAUUUUUAUUUUAUUUUCUCUUCACUAUAUAUGUAAAGCGUCUUUGUGCACCUGUAAAAGCGCUAACAAAUUAAAUCGAUUAUUAUUAUUAUAUUUAAAGGUGGGGUAGGUAAGUUUGAGAAACCGGCUCGAGAUACACUUGUUGUUAUAUUCCAUGGAAUGCUCUUAACAUCCCGAUAGCAAUGAAUAUCUGAAGUGCUUUGACAAUAAAUCCAUAAAAAAAUGUCAUCUCUGGAAGCCGUAGCUCUGUAAAAAGCACGACCAAUCAUCUGAGCCGGCCCGGCUAAAAUAACUGGAUGGCCUACCUGCCUGUCAGCCUUCCAUCUGUGCACAAACUUAUCUCGUGCCCUCAUUGGUCAUGUGCGCGUUCGUGUGUGUUGGAGGAGGGGCUCUGUAAGGAAGUGGCCGAUUUCUUCCGGUUGUGUAUUUUCAAAUUCUAGCGCACUCGAGCUGGUUUCUCCAAAAUGACCUACCCCACCUUUAAAGUAAAACAUACACACAAACUGGCGUUCAUAAGUUACUUAUAGAAUAAAUACCAACACUUUCAGGCCAGUUUGUGCCUGAUGUUUGAGUUAAUUGAUCGUGAAAUCAUCAUAUCAGGUCUCUGUAUGGAAACACAGAUCCAUGCUUCCAGUUAUUUUUGCAAUUGUAUGCAAAUUAUUCAAGACAAACGUAUCUCUUUAAAAUAUCACCCAGUGAAAUUCCAGCACUACUUUUUCCUUUUAUCAUAGUAAUGUAGGUCAAAUGCUCCUUUGACUUUAUCCAUAGUGAACGUUUUUGGCCAAAACCCCUUUUUUAUUUAGGAGAAAAUAAUUUUUAAAAAAGCACCUUUUAACAGGCUUCAGUGUCCAUGAACUGUGUUAUGUUUCACAAUUCCUCCUUUUCAGUGUUUCAGGUUUGGUUUGUGGUUAAUCUAGAAAAACGAACUAUAUCAUUAGUCAUGUUUUUAUGGGAUGUGCAUUAGCAUGUUGGACUGGAGGCACAGGAGACUGCAAAGGAAAUCUGAUAUUCAACACUUUAUAUGAAGAUUUUGCCUCCAGAAGUAACCUAUCUGCCUCUAACGAAAUGACUAGUUGCAUGACAGUAGUGCUCUAAUGACCAUAUCACAGGAGAGCCGCAGAUGCCUCGCUCUUCUUUCUUUCUCCUAAAGAUGGAUCUGGGAACUGAAAGCACAAGUUUUUUAUUAAAAGGUCUCGUCCCUUUUUUUUGUCUUCUGAUAAGCUGGUACGUUUUACCCAUUCAGAAACUUUGAAGGAAAUCUAACAUUUAAACACAAACUUCCUGCUAAUUCCUGAGCUGAGUCAGUUUCUCCUGACGUCACAAUAUUUAUCUGUGCUUUUACUAAAUGUUUGUCAUUUGGGGCCUUUUCUGUUUUUCACAGGGUUUUUUCAUGAAUCUGCCUUUUUAUCCAGAAUGAUUCACAGCAAUAUGUUGUAAGUAUGUAUCAGCAUUUAGGAAGAAUAAAUUAUUAUUAAAGUUAGUGGUCACCGCCUCCUGUGGGGAGCCUAAGUAAACGGUUACUGAUGAUUAUUUGAUUUGAGUUAUUUUUCCUUUGGGCAGUGUUUUGUUGCUAUUACCUGGUGAAGAAGCUGAAGUGGAGCUGCACUUUGCUGACGCGGGAAAACACGAUGAUGUUAAACUGUAAAUAUGUCUUAGUGGAAAUUGUUCCGUGUAAUGAACAAUAAAAUAAAUAAAAAGGCUUUUCAGUGAUAAAUAAAAGCACUAACUCCA